AUGGCGGAGAAUCUAUACAAUCCCGCCGACCUCAACUCGGUCCUCCGGACUCUGUCUAAUCUAGCUCCUCAAGGCAGCUCUCAGGCUACAUCACAGCCUCCUCACUCAUCUAGCCCUGCUCCAUUGCACCGCCCAGAACAGCCACGCCAGCCGCAACCUCGGCCUCCGCGGCCUUCCAAUGGCCUUGCUGAUCCGUCCAAUAUCACCACUUGGCCUGCUGCACUGCGACAUGUCAUGCGUACUGUGGGCCACAAUGAAGAACUUCAACACCGCAUCCGCGGAAUGAUUCGAAGCCAACAUCACCAUGAGCGCCAAUGGUUCAGUGCUCGUGAGGCAUUGAUCAAACAGCAGCGAGGGCGCCCCGAGAAACAGAAAGAGCUAGAUGCAGUUCUUCGAUCAAUCGGUGCCCCAGUGGACACAAAAGAAGCAGCUACGGCCGAGCAAGACUUUGCUAUUGAAAUAGCAGCCUAUGAUGCCAAGGUCCACAGGGCUGCUUCCCAGAUGAGCAAUGCCCUUACGUCCGAACUGCGUGGUUUCGGAAUACCUUUCUUCAAGAUCCAUCCGAAUCUGAUCCAGGACUCUUCGACUGAAGCAGGGACCUCUAACUCGGGUUCUACCAAAACCCAGGAAUCAGAUAUCACGGGAGCUACGUCGCAGAUCACGAAGUCCGAGCUUGAAGCGCUGCAACAGCGCAUGUUAGAUCUGCUGGAAGAUCUGUGUAAGGAGUGA